AUGUUUCGAUUAAGCGGUGGUCAGACUGGAAAUGGAAAUGACCCUGUUCCUGUUCAAUCCUCCGACCACGAUACGCCCAACCAGAAAACACCCGACACAACAACAACAACAACAACAACAUACGCCUCUCCUUCCAGAGAUGGCAUUACUCCGGCCGCGUGGGGGGUUGGAUGGCGGGUCCCGACCAUGAUGGUUGGACUUGUUUUCGCUGGUGCGAUGUUUUCAAUGGGCCAUCACUUAUACUACCAGAGCCUCGACAGCACCCGCGUCAACUCAGUCGACCAACAAACAUGGGCAAUUCGAAUCGGAACUGGCUUUGCCUUCCUGAUCAAAUCCUUUUUGGUAUCCGCUGUUGGUAUCGCAGCGGUCCAAGUGAUGUGGGCCACUCUCCGCCGGAAGUUUGUGAAGCUUCGCGGGAUCGAUGGAAUGUUUGCCGUCCUUAGCAGUCCACUUGCUUUGCUCACACCCGAUCUCUGGAUGUGCGCGAAAACGCUCAUUCUCCUUGCAAUCAUGUCAUGGCUUAUCCCAUUGACGGCUAUUGUUACACCCGCUACCUUAACCAUCGAUCUCUUGACAACAACCAAUAUCACCCAGAUGCGUGUUCCGACUGUAAACUUCAUUGACUCCUUCUGGCAUCCCUGGGCAACAAACGAAGGGGCGGGAUUCAUUGCGUCGCCCGCGGCCGGCAUCAACCGCCUGUUUACAGCUACUUACUCAUCUGCCGAAGUGGUCCCAUUCUCUGCACCUUUCCCUAACUCGUCCUACACCCUAAAGUUCUGGGGUCCUUCAUACAAAUGCCAGAGAUUAAGUGAAGCGAUCGUGGAGAUGGAGGGCUUGACUUUUACCGAUCACUUGGGUGAAAACUAUACUUCCUUGCAGAAAGUGUGGGAUCACGAAGUUGGCAACCUAAGCGACACAUUUACCACCUUGUACUCGGGGGCUGUCAGUACAGCUCUUAACAACACCUUUUUCGUGUAUGCCACAGGAGCAAACCCCCUAUGGAAUGACAACGCCACACAACCAACCGAGCUUGUCUGCCAGCUUUGGAAUACCUCAUACGUGGUAGACCUGAAAUUUACCAACGGUAUCCGGAGCCUGACACCCGUAUCAACGAAGCACGUGGCUCCCGCCAAUUGGAGCUCAAGAUCUGGCUCACUCACUACGCUAGGACCUCAAGGACCAACUGUCAAUGGUGGUUUCUACAUCACGCACUUGCUAUUCUCUGACAUCAUCCAAAGCACCAUGAUUAUCAGCGCUGUCGGAUCACUGGAAACAAUCUUGACCUCCUCGAUGCAAUCCGCCCAGAUGACAUUCACCCAAAUUUCGGUUAUGCAAACCAGUCUUUUCGGGUGUCCAGAGUUGUGGAAUAGUUCCGACUACAAAAUGAUGGUUCCGGCAGUAGAUCAGUCCACCACGCUUUGUCGGAAUAAAACGUUAGCAAGAGCGAUAGAAGAUCUCUCCCACAAUUUCACCUACAGUCUCCUCAGUCUCAACGCCGCCAACACCAGUGUACCCGUGACAAUCUCGUCACCCCAGAAUUUCUACGCCUACGACAGUAAGAAUCUGCUGGCGGCUUAUAUGACUGCGCUGGGUGUCACUGUUGUAUGUGUCAUCGUUGGAUUCAUUGCCCUGAACCAGAACGGCGUUGCCCAGAGCACCUCGUUUUCCGGCAUGUUGUUGACGACACGGAAUCCCGAGUUAGAUCAUUUGGCCAAAGGACACUGUCUGGGAUCUGAUCAGUUGCCAGAUGAGAUUGGUGAUAUCCAGUUACGGUUUGGGGAGGUCGAGAGCUCGGAGCAUUACAAGAGUGCGGCAUUUGGGACGAAAGAAUCGGUGACUCCUCUAUCUAAGGGAAAAGAUUAUUACUAG